CGGACAAAACACUCACACACUCUCUCUAUUUCUCUCUCUCCCCUUUUCUAUUCUGGGAAGUGCGGCUAGGAAUAACCCCGUCUGUCUCCUGAUCAUAGGCUCCUUCACUAGCUUCGGCGUCUCAAAACAUUUCGCAACUUAGAAAAAUUCUGACAGUUUUUCUUCCGCACGUAGCUACAACUAUUGCGUAUUGGGAGAAAGAGAUAGUCCUUGUCAAAAGGAAGUUUAUAUGUGUCAGAAUAUCGCAUUACUUCUUUUUCCUCUUUUCAUCUGGCGACCCGGACCACUCUGUCGUCAAAUAAAGACAGCAGUGUUAAGUAAGAACCUGACAAAAGGGUUGUCAUUUCUUUUUCUUGGAUGUAGUCGGACGUUUUUGGAUGCACGACACCCCAAAUGUAACGCGGGAGUGUGAGGUGGGUGUGUAUGGAGAUUAGUUUGGAACCGCACAGUGAAGAGGUCAGACGAACACGGAAAGUGGUCUGCAUUGUCUCAGAGGUCUGGCCGAGGAGUCUUUCUGAUCGCUGAUUGGUGCGUCUCACCGCACGCCCCCGGAAAGGCCGUGAAGACCCGCGCCUGUCAACAAACUCCCCGAGGAAUCGAGCCUGGCAGAUCGUGCCGGUGAAAAGGCUUAAGAAGAACCUACAGGAGACAAACAGUUUGCAUUUCUAAAAAGAAAUAACCAACAGAUCAUCUUGUAGUGAAACACAAGACAAAAUUCAGAGGAAAUGAACCCACAGCGUUGGACAUGGCAAUCUUAAUUGUGUAAAUCUAAAAGCAUUGUCUGAGAAAGUCAAGUUUACCCAUUCAGACUGUAACAUUGUGAAAGUGGUCUGAUGCCCACAAAGAAGGGUUUGAGGAAUACAAAACAAGUGGAACAACCCAACAGAAAUCAAAAUGGAAGGAGCUGGCGUUUAAGACCCACCCAGGUGGACAAGCAUAUGGCAUGUCUGCUGACUCUAGAGCAAUUUAACAGUCGAAACCUUUGAUAACCCCUUCGGAAGAUAAGAGGAACAUGGAGCCGCUCGACACUGCUGCUGGACAGAAAUGCAAGAAGGAGCCGCGAGAGAAGGCCCCACUGCAGAGGAAGUGGGUCUCAGAGCCCACAGCCGGCACAAAAAGAAGCACUUUUGCCGACCCGGCGGGGAAACGGCACUCGCACCGCGAAGAGCUGCAGAGCGGCGCCAGUGGUGGUAGCCUCACAGGCUGUGUACAAAAGUACAGCUCCGGGAAACUGCUACCAACUGCAAUUGGCCAGUCAUCCCAAGAGAAUCAAUACCCGCAGCUUUUCCCCGGCUCUUACCCCUACCAGCUACCGCCCUCGUUUCCGCAGCAGCCAAUUCAGGAGAGGUUCCUGGCAGGAGCGAAGCCGCAGCCUGGCCUGGAGGCCCAUGCCUGGCCAUUCGCUAGCCAGCUGCCAUCGUUCACCGCGGACGACGUGUUCCCUGCGCAUCAGCGCGGUCACGGCGGAGUCUUUCCUCGUCGGAAGUCCCCCAGUUUGCCUGCUUCUUUCAGCCAGUAUUCCCAGUCGGGGAUUGAGCAGCCGGAGGAAGUUCACAAGAAGGAGCAGAAACCCAAAAAGCCCGGGAAGUACAUUUGCCACUACUGUGGAAGGGCCUGUGCUAAACCUAGCGUGCUGAAGAAGCACAUUCGGUCGCACACUGGCGAACGCCCUUACCCUUGUGUUCCCUGCGGUUUUUCAUUUAAAACAAAGAGCAAUUUGUAUAAACACAGAAAGUCUCAUGCCCAUGCCAUUAAAGCAGGACUAGUCCCAUUUUCGGAGUUGGCAGCUACACGGCCAGAUAUGGAUCAGGCCUCUUCAUUGGGAGAAGCGGAGGUACAUUCGGAUGGCGAGCAGAGCACGGAUACUGACGAGGAGGCAGCGGAGGCCUCCAUGCUCAUGGACAAGAGCAGCCCCAUCCCCCAGAUAUCAUUUGAAGCUGACAAAAGCACAAUGGAGAAGGGUGGUGAGCCAACCUAUGUGGACACUGCUGAAGAGCAGGCUGUAGCCUCCAUGAAAGUGCCUAUCCUAAUUGUCCCAAAACAGGUGAUUCCCUCAACGGCCAUGGAGUGUCCUCAUUUCACUGAAGUUGAAGCACCUCCCAUUAGUUCUCAAGUGGGCAGAGUGGAUGAAUCUCACACUGUCAAGCAGAAGCUUGCAUUGAGGCUGACUGAGAAAAAAGGGCAAGAGUCUGAGCCAUCACAGAACCUCCUGAGUCCCCACAGCAAAGGCAGCACAGAUUCGGGAUACUUCUCACGAUCUGAAAGUGCAGAACAGCAAAUCAGUCCACCAAAUACGAACGCAAAGUCCUAUGAGGAAAUUAUGUUCGGAAGGACCUGGUAUUACAGACCCAACUCCAGGUCUAGACAAUCUGUCACAGUCGGGUUAGCAGCAUUAGCUAGCCAAGACACUAAUACAAUUGACUUAAAGGACAAUCCUGGUGCCAUGCUUGAAGUAGAUAUGCGAAAGAUGUGCGAGGAUCAUGUAUCCCAUCUUUUUUCAAAGGAUGAAAACAUAGCAAACCCAAUGAAACUAAAUGCUAAUGUAUUUCUCAGAGGACAGGGUAGCGAAUCACAAAUGGUAACAGGUGGUGACCUAAAACAAUAUCCCCCUGGCUCUUGCCAAAGCAACACAGGUCUCCUUGAAGCUCCUUCUGAUUCAGGGACACUUAUAAGGAGCAACUCAAUGCCAACAUCCUCUCCAACUAAUCUCAAUGUCCCUCAAAGCCUAAGAGUGAGCCACUCUUUUGAUGAGGUUAUGACGCCCGAUGAUGUUUUUUAUCCUGGAUCAGUGGGUCUGAGGAGGCUUCAGAGACAAACUGCUUUUGAACAUUCGGUGCAUGAAGGCCAUGUGGAAGUUGACACCUAUGGAAACAUCUCCAAGAACACUGGUUCACCUUUGAUAAAACCUGGGGAACGUGGACCACUGAUGCCAGAGCUGAAAGGAUCUGCGGCCGAAUUAUCAUGUCCAGAAGUGCGAGUGACGUAUGGUGCAUAUGGUACUAAAGUGGGAAUGACGGAAACGGUAACUAGAAAGCGCAGAAAGGAAAAGAGUGUUGGAGAUGAAGAGGAUAGUCCUAGUCAGUGUGGUAGUGAUCACAGUGGUUCAGUUGAAAUGCUUUUGUCUCCAGGAGACUAUGACUCAAAAUCAAAUCAAGAGACAUCAAGGGCUUCACCUACUGGGAAAGGACAUUUGUACAGUGUAUAUAGCCAAUCUGACAGUUUUGAUGGAGGUGCUAGUAUGUCUUCAGAAGAUGUGGUGCUUGUCCCUGAAUCUGACAGAAAGAAUGCUGGGAAUGUAAUCUCUGUUAUCCAGCACACAAAUUCAUUAAGCAGGCCUAGCUCUUUUGAAAAAUCAGAAUCCAUCGAACACCCGUGUUACCAGCCUGAGAGGCUUACUGGUCAAUUUUCUUCUGAGCAGUCAGACACAGAACAUUUUGAGGAGGUACAGAGCCCAGAGUCUCUCCUGAGAACCACAAGCAUGGAGCAGCAACAGAGUGACAGUGAAGCUGGAACCAUAUCAUCAAACCAGCAAUCUCACAUACCCCACAAACUGGUACGUCAGCCUAACAUCCAAGUGCCUGAAAUAAGAGUGACUGAAGAGCCAGACAAACCUGAGAAAGAACCUGAGGUACAAGUUAAAGAACCGGAGAAACAUGUAGAGGAAUUCCAAUGGCCACAGAGAAGUGAAACUCUGUCUCAGCUUCCGGCUGAGAAGUUACCUCCAAAAAAGAAACGCCUGCGUCUGGCUGAAAUGGAGCAUUCUUCUGGGGAAUCGAGCUUUGAAUCAACCUGCACUAGCCUCUCCAGGAGUCCCAGCCAGGAAAGUAACCUGUCUCACAGCUCAAGCUUCUCUAUGUCCUUUGAUAGGGAAGAAAGCAUGAAGUCAGUCUCUCCAACGAAGCAGGAUGACUUUGGAAAGCAGUCUGAGUUCUUAAUGGUGCCAGGCAGUGGGCAUUCUCUCUCUAUACCAAACCAGCACCAGCACCAGAUGCGUCGUUCUUCUUCAGAGCAAGCACCAUGUGCUUUGCCUACAGAGGUCCCGGAGGUCCGUAGCAAAUCAUUUGACUAUGGAAGUCUUUCAUCAUCAUCCAGACAGGGAGAGAUCUAUGCCAGUGCUUCAGGAAUGAAGGAGAGGAGACGCGGCUUUCUGGUACGACAGGCAUCACUGAGCGUCUAUCCAGAAACAGUGGUGCAAGAGCAUGGCAUAGAAAUGAAUGUUAAACAAGAACACUCGGACCACAUACAGAGCAGUGUCCAUCCUUCACAUCCCACUUGGCAUGGCACUCAAGGAACCGGUGAAGUGGUACGAUCAAAGAGAAGCAUGCAUCCCUUGCUUGGGUCACACCAUCAUCCACUGCAGCAUAGCAUCAGUGAGGACAGCCAGCAAGAGAACCUCCCACUGAUCCAGAAGACAUCUCACCUGUCAAGCCAACAGCCUUCAGACAGCGAGCGUCCACCUGACCCUCUGAGCCAAGAAAUAACGCAGUAUUCUUCAUUACAUAGCAGCAUGGUGCAAUCUCCCUUCCUGCCAUUUCAACCAGGGUUAUUCUGGCAUCCUGACUCAACACAAAGGCACAAACAGCACCUUGCUUUCCAGACACAUCAGUUACAGAAAUUGCAUAUCAGGCAACCUAUUUUGCCUCAAGCUCUCCAGAAAUCCCACCAGUCUCUCCAGCAGAUUCAGGAGCAGAGUGAUGGAAAAUCUGAUGGUGCGAGUAGUCAGAGCUAUCAGUAUAACCCACGAGUACCACCCCGGCAUCUUAGCCAUAUCCCAUCAAAAGCAUUGUCUACAAGUUCAAUGCUUUUGCAACAGGUUCAGCCAAUCUUUGCCACUCAAAAUGUCAGUUCACAACCAUCCCUACCUGGCCUGUUAGUUCCUGUUAGGAUCCAAACUCAUGUGCCAUCUUAUGGAAGUGUUACAUACACCAGCGUUUCACAGGUCCUGGCUACGCAUGCUCAAAGUACUUCUUCUGCAAAGAUAAUAUGCACAGACAGUGCUUCUCAAGGCUUACUCGCAAGCACUAGUAAACAUGGAGCAGGGUUUAAUUUAUCACACAUAUUAGGUCAGCCUCCAGGACUUCUGCGUUAUCCACUCUGGAAGGUACCAGAGCCCUUGCCGGGUAGACUGAACACAGGAAUCCCCCUUUCACUGACUUCAGGAACCAUCUCGACCACAGAUGCUUCUUCAAGUAUUGGGGGAAGCAAGCGAAUGUUGUCCCCUGCGAGCAGUCUGGAACUCUUUAUUGAGACAAAACAACAAAAACGGGUCAAGGAGGAAAAAAUGUAUGGUCAGAUUGUGAAGGAACUGAGUGCUGUUGAACUCAGCAACUCAGGUGUGUCAAAAGACAAUGGCAAGUUAUCAAAGUCAGACCUCCUAAAGAAUGAUGGUUCUGUUGACUACCAAGAGGGCAUGUCAUCACCACCUUUACUUGACUUUCCCUCAUCAAAGACACCUUUACGCGCAUCCGCACCUCAUUUAAAAGACAUACCGCCAACUGAGAGCUUCACCCCACCUCUGCAGAUAGUGACAGACAGCUCAGAUAAACCUGGGUCCCCCGAGGAACUGGACGUGGAUGAAUCCACCCCUGAAGCCAGCUCAAGUCCACAGUCCAUGCUCUCUUCAAGUGAUACUCAAGAGGAGAUUAAGCAGGCCACGGGCAGCAAGAUUCCGGUGAACAUGUUAGUCCAACUUGCUGCUAAUCAAGGUGGAGGGAUAGCGGGAAACACCCUCCUGCUCACAGACCUCACUGAUGUUCAGCAGUUUUUUCAGUUCCCAAGUCUUCGUACAACAACGAGUGUCAGCUGGUGCUUCCUAAAUUACACCAAGCCAAAUUUUGCCCAGACUACCCCUGUUACAUCUGUUUAUGGCUCCUGGUCCAUCAGUUCUUACAACCCAAACCCACCCAGCCUGAAUACCAAGACAACUCUAGCGUUGCUCCGCUCAAAGCAGAGGAAGAAUGCUGAAACCUACACAAUGGCUGCUAUGUAUCGUCCUGGGUCUGGAAAGCUUGUGUCAUCGCUCUCUUGGAAAGAGAAGUUUGAUCAGAUGAAGCCAGAGCUCAUGCAGCUAGAUGUGAGUAAAUUUGAGAAGAAAAUGAAGGGAAUCAAUUCCAGGGACAGGGUUAAGGAGGAUCAUGGGGAAAAGGAGAUUUCUUCAAAGCAGGCUGAGCCUACUCGCAUCAAAAUCUUUGAAGGAGGGUACAAAUCCAAUGAAGACUAUGUUUACGUAAGAGGCCGAGGCAGGGGGAAGUACAUCUGCGAGGAGUGUGGGAUCCGCUGCAAGAAACCGAGCAUGCUCAAGAAACACAUCCGUACUCACACAGACGUGAGGCCAUACGUCUGCAAGUUCUGCAAUUUCGCUUUUAAAACUAAAGGAAACCUGACAAAACACAUGAAGUCAAAAGCCCACAUGAAGAAGUGCCUGGAGCUCGGAGUGUCAGUGACAUCUGUGGACGACACGGAGGCAGAGGAAGCCGACGCUGCCGAGGAAGGACAGAGGGAUUCUGGGAAGAUGAGCCUGUCAGGCCACAUGGCGGACCACCAGUUUUCCGAUGCCGAUGACUCCGACGGCGGGGAAGAGGACGGCGACGAGAUCGAUGACGACGACGAGGAGGACGACGAUUACGAGGGCGACUCCACGCCAAAGACGCGCUCCAGGAGCACGAGCCCCCAGCCCUACGGGAUGCCCUCGCUGUCCGUGACCGCCAUCGCCGCCUCCCAGGGCGCCUCCUCCGACCUCCUGGGCGCGGCCGCCAAGCCGCCGCCGCUCUUUAGCUACUUCGCCAGCCUACCCAGCAUCCAGAUCACCCAGCUGAUGGUGCCCAGCGAGAAGGCGGGCAAUGCCCAGAUGGCGGAGUACCAGAAGCUCCUGCGGGGUGCGCUGGGCGAAGACUACAAGAGCAGGCUGGACGUGCCCAGCUCCAUGGACGAGGACUUUGGCCUGUCUCCAGAACACAGCUCCUCGUCCUUCGACUUCUCCCCAUCCCGCUUGUCCUCUCCCGGGUGUGACUCCUCCCCCCUCAGGGAGCCCUCGCCCACGUCCCGCCGGUACCUGUCCCCGAGGAGGGACCUCUCGCCCCGAGGACGUCUUUCACCCAGACGGGAGGCGUCCCCCCUGAGGCACAUUUCCCCGAAGAGGGACAUCUUCAGGAGGGACCUGUCCCCGAGGCGGGACCUGUCCCCGAGGGGACACCUCUCGUCCAUAUCCCUGGGCAGGCCUUUGUCCCCUGGUAGGGACAUCACCAGCAGGAGGGAGUUAUCACCCAGGAGUCGACACAGGGGCAUGAUUCGGGCCGUGUCGCCCAGGAGGGGCUCGCAUCACCACAGCGCCCCCUGGGCCUUGGGACAGUACCUGCAGUCUGAAAUGGUUCCUCUGGGACAAAGGAGCAGGAGCCACGCAGACAUGGAGACGGAUCAGAGGAAGGGCUCUACCCAGACUACCUCCCAUGUCCCCGGGGACUCCUUGCACAGCAGCCAGGAUCCCCACAGCGCUCACCAGGGCCUCUUCAGCCACCUCCCCCUCCACUCCCAGCAGCAGGUCCGCACCCCCUUCCCCAUGAUCCCCAUCGGUGGCAUCCAGAUGGUGCACUCGGUGCCCUCCUCCAUGACGGGCCUGGCCCACUCCGCGCGCCUCCCCCUCCAGAAGAGCACUUCGGAGGAGUCCGGCACCAGCGAGGUGUCCUUCCACCUCCAGGAGGGCGGCGGCGGCAGGGGCCCGCCGGAGGACCCGCCCCGGCCGCAGGAGAAGCCGGCCCCCUCCCAGGUGGCUCCGCUGGCUCGGUCGCUGGGCGGUCCGGCCCGGAAGCCCCCGGAAGACGCGACGGACAUCGCGGACCCCGAGAGCAGGCAGGACGAGAGCAUACGGACUUGCACGAAGGCUAUCGCCUCCCUCAGGAUCGCCUCGGAAGACCCGCGUGAGAAGCCCCACCCCCACCCGGCCCCCCACCCUCACCCCGGUCCUGCAGAGAGCCCGCAGGUUCACGUUCAGCACUUUAGUAGCACUGAGAUCAGGCAGUCGCUGGCUGGCGCCUCGGUCACCCCCCUGGACCCCACCGCUGAAAAGGACAAGCUCGCCUCAUCAAAGCCCGCGCCGCCAGGCCACUCCGCUCUCUGCGGUGCAAGUGCCGAUGAGAGAAUGUUAGGUCAACAGGGCCCAAGGGAACUGCCGACAAGCACAAAGAGGGCGAAGGAUUCCGCGAAGGAAGCCAUGGACGACAGGUGAACGGUGAUGAUGCUAUUUGAGAGACAUCACAGAAAUGCACGCACACCUACAUACCCCUCCUCACCCCAACCCCCGCCCCCAAUCAUGCACACACAUGCACUUAUCCUUGUUCUUACAGGCUUACCCCCCCCCCCCAUCUCAAGAAUACCCACACAUGUGUGUGCAAGAGCACACACUUACAUACACAUAAACAAGUCAUUAAACAAGCAAAAUUCUGUUAGACAUUAUGUAGUAUGCAUAGCAUGCCUUUUAUAACCCGGUUUGCUAUUUAAAACAAAAAAAAGACAUUUCUUUCUUAUUUAAAGUUUCAGAAAAAAAUAUGAAUAAAUAUAAAUAUAAAUAUAUAUAUAAUGUUAACUUAUACAUGAGCCUGACCAAAAUUGCUUAUGGACUUGUCCAGUCUGGUACUUUUAAAUGUACAGAUGAGUGUGUGCCUUUUCUUUCCUUUUUUGCUUAUAUUCUUAUAAGCAUAUUACGCAGGAAGAAGACGUGUAAAUAUAUGGAGUUUGUGUAUCGGCUUUGUAAUAACUGUAAUUCCCCUUCUCUUUUGGACACCCGAGUCUGAAUGAUGUGAAGUAUCAAUAUAUGUAAGGUUGCACUAAAACAUAUUUUUAUAUGAGUGAAAUUCAAUGGCUUUUGUGUACAGCAGCAAUUCUCUACUAUUUAUUGUACCAUGUUUCAUAAAUUGUACAUUUUUCUUAAUGUUGUGGAUGCCUUUUUCUAUGUAAAGCAUGGUUUUUUUGCUAUUGCUUAAAUAGAACUACAAAUAUGUAUACUGUAAAAUUGCUUUAUAUAUUGGAAGGGUAUGUAUGUCUGUAUGUUUGAAUUGUGUGCAUAUAUAUAUAUAUAUAUAUAUAUAUAUAUAUAUAUAUAUCCACACACUCACAGCACAUACAUAUGCACACACGUAAAAUAUAAUUAGUAUAUACAUAUAUAUACACAGUAUAUAGCUGCACUUUUGCAUUAGAUUUACACCCACAUAACAGUAGUUUGUUCUAAAUGCUUGCAACUUUUUAUCUCCUUGUUGGAUUGGCUACAACUAAUUGCUAGUUGUGAUUUUUACAAAAGAGUAGAACCACCGUUGAGCAUUAAGUGAAUGGACAUUGUGCACUUGUGCGUUUUUGUUUUCUUUCUAAACUAACUGAAGUAGUGGUAACAUUUUAAAGGUAUUUAAUCUUCUGUGAAUCAUGUCGCUUGAAGUACUUGAUCUCUGAAGUAGUAGGGGAGACAUUCCAGCUGAUGUGUAUAUGUAAGUCCCAUAAUUAUAUACACAAACAUACAUAUUUGUACAUGGAAAGAGUUCAUGGGGACAGUUGUUAGUUCAUCAACAAGUUUUUUUUUCUGUUUCUUUAAAGCUUUUAAAUAUAGUAAAAAAUAUUCAGAAAUAUAAUAAUGCACCUUAUGUUUCCUAAAUUUUAAGGGUAUAAUCCCAUAGUAUAUCAAUUUUGGAAGAAAAAAAUUGAAAUUCAUAUUGUUUUAAAACCUGUUUGUGUCAUCGCAACCUAACUGAACUGGAGAGUUGAGCCAGUGCACUCUUGUGUGUAUAUUUGUAAUUGUAUGUGUGUAUAAAAUUCAUGUAAUUUACUCUUUGGACAAUUUGUCACUAGUCCCUGGUAUUCACUUAAAUGUAUUAACAUGUCUGUAAAAUAUACGGUAUCAAAGCACAACUAUUGUAUAGAAACAAACAAAAAAAGUGAAAAACAUAAACAAACAAAAAAAGGAUAACUUUGUGAUGUUCAGUGGAAAAUAAAAUAUCAUGUAAAACCCAGUUUCGAUAAUGAAUUACAGUACCAAUGGGGGGAAAAAAACGGAUUGUUGUUUUCAAAUAAAUACGACUACAAUAACAUGCA